AGGGUGCGUGGUGCAAACAGAACGCACAGCCCCUCCAAAACACACACAGAGUGACUUAGAUUCCUUCACACUCGCCCGACUCCGCUGGACACACACGAAGGACAGCAGGUCAGCGCGAAUGGACAGAGCAGCAUAAGGACACCAGCAGUUUCUCAGAGACUCCACAGACCAGGACGUUCAGACAUGAGUGACCCCAUGCAGGAGCUGGACGAGCUGUGCUAUCUCACGUCCCAGUCCAUGACAUCAAUGGUGACCUCAGAACACUUCAAAGUGCUGAAGAAGCUGGGAGAGGGGUCGUACGGCAAGGUCAUGCUGGCCGUGCACAGAAAGAGAGGCACCCCUAUGGCCCUGAAGUUUUUCCCCCGUUGCUCCACCACUCUCCUGGCUUUCCUGCGCGAAUACAACCUCUCCCUGACGUUCUGCACCCAUCCUUCCCUCACACGUGCUCUGGGAAUCUUCUUCUCCACGCCGUCCCACUACAUCUUCGCCCAGCAGGCCGCUCUCUACGGAGACCUGUACGAUGUCAUCGUGUCAGAGGUGGGGGUGACUGAAGAACAGGCUCAGAGUGUGAUGUCCCAGCUAAGCGGUGCCGUGUCCCACCUGCACUCCCUGGGUUUCGUGCACCGGGACAUCAAGCCCGAAAACGUAUUCUUGUAUGACCGCAACUGCCGCUGGGUCAAACUGGGAGAUUUUGGCCUGGUACGAGCCCGGGGGGCCCAGGUGCGCCCCGUCUGGUACAACUCACCCUUCUGCGUCCCAGAGGUAGAGCAGGCCAAGGAGGGGAAGAAAGGAAGCAAGGGAGAAGAAGAGGAAGAGGAGGAGGAGGAGACAUGGAUGUCAGUGGAACCAAGUCUGGACAGCUGGGCGCUGGGGAUUCUCAUAUACUGCCUGCUAACGGGCUGCUUCCCCUGGGAGGAGAGCACCUCAGACGACCCUGGCUUCUGCAAGUUCAGAGACUGGUUCAACUACACGAAAGAGAAGGAGGACAGGGAAGGGGGACAGAACGGAUGGAGUCACAGCAACAAGAAUGACAGGAGGGACGGUGGGAAGGGGGCAGAGGGGGCUGUGCCUUCACAGUUUGAAUCUUUAAGCUCACUGGCCCUCACUUUGCUCAGGAAGCUCCUGAACCCUCUCCCAUGGCUCCGGGCAGGGCCAGACGAGAUCCUGUCCUACCUCGGGGGAGCCUGGCUGCUGGAGACAGAGAGAGCGGAGAAAAGGAGAGAGAAAGAGGCACAAGAGGAGGCCAAAAAGAUACGAGAGGGAGGAAGAGGAGUGGAGGAGGUCAAAGGCAGGCAAGGGAGAAGGGAGAGAUAGAAAGGGGAAAAAGUAGGGCUGCACUAUAUGGACAGAUUACUCGUAUUACAAUUAUAUUCCCAUAGUGGAAAAAAGUGAAAAAUAACAAUCAGGUGCCGCUUAAAGUCAGUUCUAUAAUUUGGACACACAGAAGCAACAAAUAGUUUCCUGAUGAGCGAAGUUUGAACAUCUUUGAAAGAAAGUGGGUGAACACAUUUCAUUCUUGUGACUGAGUUUAUUUCAUUUUUCCAUCACAUUUUAAAAGUACUGUAACAUGUGCAAGGCUCCCUUUGGCAUACGUCGCUUUGAGGCAACAUUGAGAGACAAAGAGGAAAGAAAUGAUAUAGAUCAGUGUUCCCUGCAGUGGUGAGGCCUGAAUUGUGACUGGCUAAAUCCAUUCUACGGUGGUACCAUGUUACUUCUAGGCAACAGGCAUAUUUCUGCAAAUUCUCAUAACGAAAAAAAAAACCCCAAAAUGAAAUUGAAUGUUGAAAAACAGAUUUAAAAGGUGUCCACUAAGAGACAGUGUGAUGACAUACAUGCCUUUUAUUGACUUACUCAAUCUGCUCCCUUUAUUGUUAACCCUGUCAGCACUUUUAUAUCAAGAAAUCUGCUUGCAAUAAUAUGAAAUUCCCUCAUUGCUCGCUAGCAGCUCAACAUAGUCCUACACAAUGCCCUAGUUAAUCUUAUAAUAUGGGAAUUCCCCCCAGUUUAGUCAAACUGAAUUCCUCUCAGUAGUCAGAACUCCCCCAGUCACACAAUACCUCCAGCACUAGGAGGGUGAAGGCCAGCACAGGUUUCAUCCAAGCCUUGUGAAGCGCCACAGCAUCUUUCCAAACUGCCAAAUUGGACAGCUGAACACGUUCAGAGGAAAGCACCAAGUGCCAGAUCGGUUAUGUCAGCUAAAAAUAAAUAAAUAAAUAAAUAAAUAAAUAAUAAGGCACCUGCACCGAGUGAUGGGGAGACGGAGGGGGCCAUUCUACCCACCCAGAGAGAUCAAGGCCAAUUGUGCUUUCUUGGACUCCCAGCCACAGAUGGCUGUAUCAUCACCAGGGAUUGAACUCAAUCUCCUGAUACAGUCAACGCUUAGACGGUUCCUCUCUGACUAGGCCUACAGAAAGAGGAGAAAAACAGUUAAGAAGUAUCUUGGACGAUUUAUUUCACACUGUCAAACAUGCUUACAAUGAAGCGGCUAAGCGCUCGAUCAUUGACUCAACCGAAAAAACAACGUUUCUGUAACGCUGCACAAACGCAAGAAGACGCCUCUGGAUCUUAAAAAUGGAAGUCUGUUUAAUGAGAGAGUUAUCAGUGCGCAAGUCCAAGUAAAACAAUCUCAGAGCAAAUCCAGUAACCCAAAAACCAAGCAGGGGUCAAAAACCAGAAUAACCAAAACAUACAGGCAACCAGAGCAGAAGGCCAAACCCAAAAGCACAGAAACCAGAAAGCAGGCAAAAGGUUCAAGGCACAAGUAAACUGGCAAUACCUCAGAAAGAGGAGAACAACCCGAGGACGGUUUCAGUUCUGAGACAAACACACGCACAGGUGAGUCGAAUUAGAAGUCAGGUGACUGAGAACGAGGCAGUUUCGCGUGAUUGGAGACGUCGCUGGGACUGGAAUUAUGGGAAAUGGAGUCCUGGAGACCAAUUUCAUUAGACCAGCAUUAUUUUGACCGAAAUAGUUUCCUUUUUGUUGGAUUACAUGAAGACUGUAAUUCAUCGAAACACUGUGGUCGAGAUGCUCUCAGCACGCAAUAAACAAUAUUGUGAUUGGUCAGAGGGGUCAUUUGCAUAUUGCAGCCCUCUAUGGUGUAAGUAUCACCAAAGCCAAUAUCACGGUAGCGAUUAACAAAUGAUACAGUCGUGUGCAAAAGUUUGGGCGCCCCUGGUCAAAUGACGUGUGUUUGGCUUACUAAGUGAAGACAAAGUAUAUAGAAGAUAAGAGGAUAUUUAACAUGAAAGCAAGUUAUGGCACAUAUUAUAUUUUGUUUUUUUUUUUCCCCAAUAUGUUCAACUCAGCAAAUAAAUAGAAUGUGUAGCAAAAUAC